CUUUUAGCCUUCAGAAUGUAUUUUCGAGAUCUAAUUGUUAUCUUCUUAAUCGUCUCUGGAUGUUUUGAUGUUUGUCUUUCCGAUGGCGACUAUUCUCAGCGAGAGUACGUCAAAUUUCUGACCCAUCCACCGAGGAUUGAGACAUCCCCCCAGAACCAAACAGUGCUCAACAACGGCGUGGCAAGUUUUGUCUGCGCGGCGGUCGGUAACCCCAAGCCUCUAAUAGAAUGGAGAAAGAACGGAAAAAGAGUGACCACCCAGAGGUACACAGUGCAGGAGAUGCCGAAUGGAUCUGUUCUCCGCAUAGAUCCGGUCAAGCACGGCAGGGAUGAAGCCACAUAUGAGUGUGUGGCUGAGAAUGGCGUCGGAGAACCAGUUCGGGCCCUUGCCUCCCUUCGUGUUUUAUCAGAGUCUGAGGUACCAUUCGGUUUCCCACGCUUCUCUCUUCAGCCGCAGAUCCAGGGCGUGGAAAAAGGGCGCAACGCUGUCCUCCCUUGCAGGGCAGAAGGAAUACCACCACCCACCAUCAGAUGGCUGAAAAGUUACAUUCCUGUCGAUAUGAGCGAACCGAGAUAUUCGCUUAUGCAAGAAUCAUCCUUACAGAUUACCCAAGCUGAAGAAGAGGAUCAAGGAAGUUAUGAAUGCGUUGCUGACAAUGAGAAAGGCACAGCAGUGUCUGGGCCUGCUACUCUUUACGUUAGAGUUCGUCGUGUGCCUCCUUAUUUUUCCAUACCGCCGGAUGAUGUAUACGAGGUGAUGCCCGGAUCCAACCUCAACAUCACAUGCGUUGCUGUGGGCUCUCCGAUGCCAUAUGUCAAGUGGAAGAAGGGCCUGAUUGACUUGACAUCCGAGCAUGACAUUCCGAUAGGACGGAAUGUCCUGCAACUGACAGACAUUCGGGACAGUGCGAAUUACACUUGUGUUGCUGCCUCCAAACUUGGAAGUAUCGAAGCUGUUGCUCAAGUCGUGGUACAAGGUACGGCGCUCCCUCGCCCCCCAAGCAACGUUCAGAUUUCGGAUGUGACAGCUACUUCGGUACGAAUUGCUUGGUCGUACGAUAUUGGAUCAGAGAAUAUCAUCUACUACGUCAUUCAGUAUAAGCCCAAGCAAACCAACCAAGAAUUUAGUGAAUUGAGUGGCAUCAAUACCAUGUUUUACACAGUCAGAGACCUCACACCGUAUACGGAAUACGAAUUCUACGUCAGGGCUGUGAAUGCUAUUGGUCGGGGAGCUCCUAGCUCCCCGGCUGUGGUCACUACUGGUGAAACAGUGGAUAUCUCUGGAUCUAGCAAACCUGGAAGCGCUCCGCGGAAUGUGCAGGCGACACCACUGAGUUCUAGUACAGUUGUAGUUCAAUGGGAUCCACCAAAAGAACCUAAUGGGCAAGUUACUGGUUAUAAGGUUUAUUACACUACAAGGCCACACUUACCGACGCAGGCAUGGCACAGUCAAAUUGUGGACAACAAUCAACUGACAACAAUCAGCGACUUGCAAACUCAUUCCAUUUAUACAAUACGUGUCCAGGCAUUCACCAGUAGAGGGCCUGGACCACUGUCUCCUCCAAUCCGGAUGAAAACUCAGCUAGGAGUGCCGAGUCAGCCGACAAAUCUUCGUGCAGUUCCUGCAUCUUCCACCACCGUUCAAUUAACAUGGACAAGACCAACCCACACGGGUGCGAACAUUAUUGGCUAUGAACUGUAUUGGAAUGAUACCUUUACGCAACAUGAAUAUCAUCGAGAAAUCCCGGAUAUUGAGAAUUUUAUUUUAGGAGAUCUGUAUCCUGACACCGUUUAUUACAUCUGGGUUGCUGCAAAGUCGAAAACAGGCGAGGGAGCAGCUACACCUCCUGUUAAAGUGAAAACUGAGCAGUAUGCACCGAGCGCACCGCCGCUAGAAGUCACCGGUGUAACACUUAAUUCUCGUUCAUUGCGCAUUUCUUGGGAACCACCUCCGGAGAGUCAAAGAAACGGCAAAAUUACCUUUUAUAAAGUUCUUUACAUGAAAGCCGAAAAACCUCCCGAUCCCUCCACUGCAACUAGCCAACGAGUAGAUGCCAAAGAUAUGCAUGUAGUGCUGGAUCAGCUCAGUACCUGGACUGAUUAUCGUGUGUGGGUGCUUGCAGGAACUGAAGCGGGAGAAGGCCCCUUGUCGGAGGCCAUUGUAAUACGCACCGAUGAAGGAGUUCCUGGUAUGCCACGCGAUGUUGAAGUCAAGUCUCUGAAUAGCACGACGAUUGCUGUCCACUGGAAACCUCCUGCUAAUCGAGACCGUAAUGGUCUCAUCCGUGGCUAUCAGAUCCACGUGCAGGAGAUGAACUCCGAGGGUGAUCUAGUGAACGAGCCAAUGCGGUACGAUGUCGCCGAUGAAGAAGCGGAAGAAUUUAAUGUGACCGGUCUCCAACCAGACACCCAGUAUUCUGUGCAAGUAGCAGCUGUCACCAGAAAAGGAGAUGGGACUCGUAGCAGAGCCGUAACAGUUGUGACGCAGGGUGGAGUUCCAACAAAACCAGAGAUGAGUAUCAAGCUGAUGCAAGAAGAGCCUCAACUGAUAGUGCAGAUCCACUGGUCGAGACCAGUUCAUACUUAUGGACAACUAUUGAGUUAUAGAUUGAGAUACGGGCGGACAGAUGGCGGUCACCGUGAAGAAACGGAAAUUAAUCCAUUGGAUGAUCACACAACUGUCAGAAAUCUAGAUCGUGGCACAAGAUAUGAAUUUCGUCUUUCCGGUAGGAAUUCACUAGGAUGGGGACAAGAAUUCGUUUCUUACUUGGAUACGCCCGAGGGUGUGCCGACUGCACCGCCUCAAAAUCUGAGUCACAACCUGCAAAGUCCAACCACUAUCGUCAUCAGCUGGGACCCGCCUAUUCCUCAGUACCGAAAUGGGAACAUCAAGUACUAUGGUGUACAGUUUCAUAAGGCAUCCGAAAUGAAGUUGCCUGAACAAAACACUACUAGUACGAGACGAGUGUUCAGUUCAUUGGACGAGAAUACAGAGUAUACGUACCGCAUACGUGCCUAUACAAGCCGUGGACCCGGUCCUUGGAGCAGUCCCAUAACGGUACAUACGCCUGGUGAUGUUCCAACAGCUCCCACGAACGUACAAGCCAUGGCUACUUCUGAAUCAACCGUUGAAGUCUGGUGGGAUCAGGUGCCUUACUUCCUAGAUAUACUGGGAUACAAGGUUCUAUACACGCAAAAUGCGGUGGAAGACUUAGAUGAGUGGAACGAGAAAGCGGUACCGUUGACAUGGUCUGCGGAGUUGACAGGUCUGGAUACGCACACUAUGUACGCAAUUCGUGUGGCAGCAUCUACGCGGCAGGGUUUAGGAAGACUGUCUGAGCUUAUUACAGUUAGAGUUACUCCAACAGAUGUUCCAACCCAAUUAAGAGCUCAAGAUGUGACCACUCAUGGGAUGCUACUGACAUGGAAAGCCCCUACAAAAUUGGAUCCUGCGAAAUAUAAGAUUUCUUACAGUGCGCACAAAGAGUUCUAUGAUAGCCAAGAAGUGCUUCAAGAACUCCCCAUUCCUCCUCAGGUUAUUUAUGUGGAUUCUUCCGUAACAGAGCUUCGAGUGGACAACCUAAUGCCCUUCACUAGUUAUCAAGUGAACAUUACUGCCAUUCCUCAAGAUAAUUCCUUCCGACCUCCCGCCAAAAUAACCGUUACCACUGCCAUGGCAGCUCCGAAACCGAUGGUGAAACCAGACUCAUUUGGAGUACAUAAUAAUAUGGAAAUCACAGUUGUUCUUCCACAAGCAUCUGAGGAAUAUGGUCCCAUUAGUCAUUAUUUCCUUGUUGUGGUACCCGAACAGUUCGCUACCAAAGAACCGGAUGAUUUCACUAUAGAAGAACUAACAGCUACAAAACCCGAUCAAACUGGUCCUUUUAUAGCUGCAAAAUUCCUACGUCGAACCAUGCCGCAAAGCUUCUCCUUGGGUGACGGAAAAAUGUAUAUGGGUUUUGUUAACCGCCACUUGUUGCAUGGAGUCCGGUAUAAAGUUUUCGUCCGUGCCGUCGUGGAUACUCCUCAUAAAAGUCUAUACACCAGCAGUCCUUUUUCGGAUAGUUUGAGCCUGGAUAUGGCGGCAGGUUCAGGCCACCCCGUUGUAGGCAGUGGCGGAAGCUGGGAUAAAACCGAUCGACCGGACAUAUCCGAAAUCGACGGAAGUGUGGAGGAGGCUGGAGUUAUCUGGAUUGUAGCCCCUGUCCUCUUAUUACUCAUCAUCGUCACUUUUGUUGUCGUUUUGGUUUUGCUUAGAAGGCGUCGACAGUUAGCAAAGACGCCUGCUGGGGAAACAACCAUGAAACUUCUAAUGAAUCACGCUGAUCGUGAGAUGGUGGCGCACCCUACGGAUCCAGUUGAAAUACGUCGCAUCAACUACCAAACACCUGCUAUGAUGAGCCAUCCUCCAAUUCCAGUAUCCGAAUUAUCCAAUCACAUCGAGAGACUCAAAGCAAACGACAAUAUUCUAUUUUCUCAAGAAUAUGAGUCAAUCGAGCCAGGACAGCAAUUCACAUGGGAGAACUCUAAUCUUGAAAUCAACAAACCCAAAAAUAGAUAUGCUAAUGUCAUAGCAUACGACCAUAGCAGAGUUAUUCUUCAACCGCUGGAUGGAAUUCCAGGAUCGGAUUAUAUUAACGCCAAUUACUGCGAUGGAUAUCGCAAACAUAAAGCUUACAUCGCCACUCAAGGACCUCUACCAGAAACAUUUGGCGACUUUUGGCGAAUGGUUUGGGAACAAAGGACAGCAACAAUAGUUAUGAUGACAAAGUUGGAAGAACGCACCAGAAUAAAGUGUGACCAAUAUUGGCCAAAUCGUGGUACUGAGACGUAUGGAGUCAUGUAUGUUUCAUUUGCCGACAUUCAAGAAUUAGCAUCGUAUUGCAUCAGGACAUUCUAUUUACAAAGAGUGGGAUUUCCAGAGAAAAGAGAAGUUCGACAGUUUCAGUUCACGGCUUGGCCAGACCAUGGUGUUCCAGAGCAUCCCACUGCAUUCCUUAUGUUUCUGCGAAGAGUACAAUCAAUGAACCCUAUAGAUGUUGGACCCAUAAUUGUUCACUGCAGUGCUGGUGUUGGUAGAACAGGCUGCUUCAUAGUCAUUGAUUCCAUGUUGGAAAGACUCAAACAUGAAACCACAGUUGACAUCUAUGGUCAUGUUACUUGUCUUCGGGCACAAAGGAAUUAUAUGGUCCAGACCGAGGACCAGUAUGUAUUCGUUCAUGAUGCAGUGCUGGAAGCUGUGAUAGCAGGUGUAACUGAAGUACCUGCACGGAGUCUCUAUACUCACAUACAGCAAUUACUGCAGGUUAUACCUGGGGAAAACUGCACAGGGAUGGAAUUAGAAUUCAAAGGAUAUCGGUAUAAAAAUGCUUAUAUAGCAACACAAGGCCCUCUGGCAGAGACAACAGAAGAUUUCUGGAGAAUGCUGUGGGAGCAUAAUUGUAAUAUUAUAGUCAUGUUAACCAAAUUGAAAGAAAUAGGAAGAGAAAAAUGUCAUCAAUAUUGGCCAAAUGAAAGAUCACAGCGUUAUUUGUACUAUGUUGUAGAUCCCAUUACAGAAUAUAAUAUGCCACAAUACAUCUUGAGAGAAUUUAAGGUCACAGAUGCCAGGGAUGGCCAGUCUAGGACAAUUAGACAGUUUCAUUUUACAGACUGGCCAGAACAAGGUGUACCUAAAUCUGGAGAAGGUUUCAUAGACUUCAUUGGCCAAGUGCAUAAGACAAAAGAACAGUUUGGUCAGGAAGGACCAAUUACAGUACACUGCAGUGCUGGUGUAGGAAGAACUGGUGUUUUCAUUACUCUGAGUAUAGUGCUAGAACGAAUGCAAUUUGAAGGUGUUGUCGAUAUUUUUCAGUCUAUUCGUAUUCUUCGCACACAGAGGCCAGGAAUGGUUCAAACAGAAGACCAAUACCAGUUCUGUUACCGAGCAGCUCUUGAAUACUUGGGCUCCUUUGAUCAUUAUACCAACUGA